AUGUCAUCCAAGUCUCCUCUCCUCUUUCUCCUGAGGACGAGGAGGCGCCACCACUACCACCGUCCCCACACUCUCACUCUCUUCUCUUCCACUUCUUCUUCAUUUCACACUGAUUCCUCAUAUUACUUAACUCAAUUCCUACCUCUUCCCAAUCGAACCACUAAUUUCAAUCCACUCACAUUCAUCACCUCAAGAGAACGCCGAAUCAUCGUUCUCGGAUUAUCCACCAUCAUCAAAAACCAACAAGGUUUUGUCUUAAAAGCUUUCUCCAUUCGUUUCUGCUCCUAUUUCCUCGUCAAAAUCAUGAAGCUUUUACACACUCGCGAUGCAGCUUUCGCUUUCUUCAAACUAGCAUUCGGAAAUUCCGAUUCCGAUGAAAUUCUUCGUUCAUGUUGCAUUUCUGCACAUGUUUUAUCAGCUCAGAGUCGCAACUUGCUUGCACAGGAUAUGAUUUCAUGGGUUUUUGGGAGGAUUGAGGCGGAUAGAAGUAAGGAGCUUGUUGAGUUUAUGUGGAAGAAUCACGCUCAGUAUGAAUCUGAUUUUUCUGUGUUGAAUACCCUAAUGAGGGGCUUUUUGAAUGUAGGUAUGACUUUAGAGGCAUUGGAGGUUUUGAAUAGAAUGAGGGAUGUCGGUGUUAUACCUAGUGUGACUGCAAUGACUAUUCUUUUUAAAUUGUUGUUUAGGCUUGGUGAUUAUGCUAGUAUGUGGAAGUUGUUUAAAGACAUGAUUCGAGAAGGGCCUCCUCCUUCUGAUAUUACAUUUAAUACGAUGAUUUGUGGGUUUUGUAGACAGGGAAGGGUUGUUAUAGGGGAGAGUUUGUUUUAUUUGAUGCAGAAAUUUGGGUGUGAUCCUGAUGUUUUUACUUAUAAUGUUCUUAUUAAUGCGUGUUGUGUUGGGGGGAGGACUUCUGUUGCAGUUUCUUGGCUGCGUUUGAUGAUGUUAAGAGGUUGCGAGCCGAGCAUUUCCACGUUUAAUACCAUUUUGCACGCCCUUUGUAGGGAAGGAAAUGUGGUGGAGGCGAGGAAGCUCUUUGAUAGAGUUUUAGCUAUGGGGAUCACUCCAAAUACUGCGAUACAUAACUCGAUGAUGGAUGGGUAUGUAAAGGCGAGGGACAUUGGUCAAGCUAGCUUGCUUUAUGAAGAAAUGAGGAUUAAAGGGGUUCCUCCUGAUUGUGUGACUUUCAACAUUUUUGUUGGAGGGCAUUAUAAAUAUGGGAGAAGAGAGGAUUGGAAUAGAUUGUUGAAAGCUUUAGUUGUGACCGGAUAUUUUCAGGAAUGUUCACUUUACGAUGUAACAGUGUCAUGGUUGUGUUGGGCUCGUAGAAUUGAUGAAGCCAUGAAAUUAUUAAAGGAUUCACUUGAAAAAGGACAAACUUUUAGUGUUGCUGCCUUUAACUCGUUAAUAGCAGCCUAUAGUAGGGAAGGUUUAGAAGACAAAGCUUUUGAAGCCUAUCAUAUUAUGGUUAAAUGUGGUUUCACUCCUUCAUCAUCAACGUAUAACUCUUUGCUUAUGGGUUUGUGUAGAAAAGGGAGGCUGCAAGAAGCCAGGACACUUUUGUAUAGGAUGACAGAGAAGGGGUUUCCCAUAAAAAAAGUGGCUUACACUCUGCUCUUUGAUGGAUGUUUCAAGAUGAAUGAUAUGGACGGGGCUCUAUUUAUGUGGAAGGAAAUGAAAGAAAAUGGCAUAUAUCCCGAUGUUGUUGCCUUUACAGCCUUAAUAGACGGGCUUUCAAAAGCAGGUAACAUUGACGAGGCAUAUGAAGUGUUCUCAGAAAUGUUAGCUAUAGGGUUCGUUCCUAAUAAUUUUGCUUAUAAUUCAUUGAUUGGUGGGUUUUGCAACUGUGGGAAGAUGAAGGAGGCGUUAAAGUUGGAGAAAGAGAUGAGGGUUAGAGGUCUUCUUCCUGAUACCUUUACCUUCAAUAUCAUCAUUGAUGGAUUUUGUAGACAAGGAGACGUGAAAUCUGCAAUUGAUGUAUUUCUUGAAAUGCACCGGAUUGGUUUGAUGCCUGAUAUAUUCACAUUUAACAUAUUAGUUGGUGGGUACUGUAAGGCAUUUGACAUGGUUGGUGCAGAUGAUAUGUUUAAUAAAAUUUUCACCUGGGGGCUUGACCCAGAUAUCACAACCUAUAACAUACGCAUGCAUGGUUAUUGUAGUGUUCGAAAAAUGAAUCGAGCAAUUCUCAUUUUGGACGAGCUUGUCUCUGCUGGUAUUGUUCCAAACACAGUGACAUACAACACUGUGAUAAGUGGUAUUUGUAGUGAUAUUUUGGACCGUGCUAUGAUUCUUACUGCAAAGUUAAUUAAGAUGGGUUUCCUUCCAAAUGUGAUUACAACCAAUAUAUUGCUGUCUCACUUUUGCAAGCAAGGGAUGCCAGAGAGGGCCUUACUAUGGGGCCAAAAGUUAAGAGACAUUUGCUUUGAUUUUGAUGAAAUAUCCUAUAUAAUACUGAACAGAGCUAACCAUUUGGUGCAGAAUGAGGUUGAACUUGUGAGAGGAACAUAUGAAAAGAGCCUUUUUUUGGAUUUCCUAAUGUACAUUACAUUUGACCAUUUUUCAAGAAAUAGACCUCAUAACACAGAGAACGAGAAUAAUUUGAAGUUGAUUGAAAGUCAAUAUGUUGCUUUAUGA